CUAAUUCAGUAUCUAGUCAAAAUGUCGUUUUCUAUAUAAGCACAGCAUCAGUUUAUUAUGCUGAAUAUCUGUCUGUAGUCUGGAUACGUUGAAGCUAAAGGAGCAGACGAGCUACUGACGGAAACCUGCUCCAGUGUCUGUGAGCUGAGGAAACUCCACUAGAGGGGACACAUGACCAUGCGGUCCAGGCAGCAGGAUGUGGCCAAAUCUAAUAAUUCCCCCGGACUCUUCUUGACCGCGGACGGUGAACCCAUGUCUUUCUUCCUACGACCGGGUCCCGUCAAACGCAGGCUGCAGCCGCUCAUCAUAUCUGGAGGAGGGAUGAUGUGCAGUGUCCAGCAGCCAGGAGCAAUCCUGCUGAUUGACCAAGACGAUCGAGGCUCUAUUCCUGAAACUGCUGCUCACUGGUAUGUGUCCAUCAAUUACAUUCAUGACUGUAUCGAGAAGGGUAAACAUCUAAACGUUGAGAACUACAGAUUAAAUCCUGAAGACAUCCCGAGACAUUCUGCGAGACACGUCAAGAAAGAGGGUUCUUCUGGACUCACAGUAGGCAGGGCUCCCUAUACCCCUGAUGAAGAUGCAGCCAUCUUGAGUUAUGUCAGCAAGCACAGGAGCGAGACGGGGGGAAACCGGCUCUGGCAGGAGAUGCAGAAGCAGCAUGUGACCAGUCACAGCUGGCAGUCGAUGAAGUAUCGCUUUAGGGUACAACUGGCUAAGAAGCUGUCUGACUCUGAGGAGGAGAGAACAACAGAGGAGGAGACCAAGACAGAAGUUCCAAAAUCUUCCAGUGAAAAUGCUGCUUCUCCUCAGACACAUUCGCCACAGCCAGAAGCUCUUCAGACGGAUCUAACACAGAUGGAUGAUCAGCCCGUACCAGCUGUAAGCUCACAACCUGAAAAUGUCGAAGCUGAAACAUCAAACGUCUCUCAGCCCGAGGAGCCUCGUGUGGAUCCACAGGAAGAUGCUCCUAUUCCAGCUGAUGACACCGAACCAGAAGCAGCAGAGACACAAGCAACCAACUCUCCACAGAAAGAAAAUGUGCCCGAGGACUCCCCAUUCAGCUCAUUUACCCCCCAAAAGCAGAAAGAGAAGCAGGGGGCUUCCCCCAAGCAGGAACAAAGACCACAGCGUCAACCAACACGCAGGCAGCUUGAGGCGUCAUUAUCGCCUGAACCUUACGGCAAAAAACUCAGAUCAUCAUAUUCUGCUGAGAAACUGUCCUCCUCUCCCCAGUCUGCAAAGAAAACAACAGCAGACUCACCGCCUUCAAAGAGAGCCAGAAGACUGAGUGUGGCAGCAGCAGCAUCGAGUGACGAAUUGGAGAGCGUAGAAACUGUCGUCUCUGAAACACCACAACCAGAGGAAGAGUCAAACUCGUUGGAGAAACCAGAGAAGAGAAAAGGGAAGCGAAAGUUUGGGAUUCUGGAGUUGGCUACAAAGGAGUUUGAAGAUGAAAGUGAGUCUUCUGAGGAUGAAGCUGCAGAUCUCCAGAACCCACCUGAAAAAGCAGCGAUACCAACCACAUCAGCAGAACCACCUCGUCAGCCCUCAGACUCGACUGCAGACCUUGUCUCAGCACAGUCCCGACCUACUGCACCCCUCCAGGAGGAGGCUCAACAGACCCAGGCUGUCAGCAGUGACAGUGCACCAGAGAAGGGCCGCCCUGAACCUAGUCCUGCAGCUUCUGGUCCUGCAGCUUCUGAGGCUUUGCAUGCAGCCUCCAGGGCCCACCUUUUCAUAUUUGACAGUGAAUCUCAGGAAGAAAACUCCCAGCCCAUCACUGGUGACAAUGCUACAGCUCUGUCCAACCCACAGCCACUAGUGAGGAAAGACGCUGCACCAUCGCUGACUCAGGUCCAGGUAGAGGAAGACAUGAAGCAACUCAGCGCACUGAUGAACCAGACAAAUCAGGACAUAGUCAAUGUGACCAAAGCCCUGUUGAGGACCAGCGGAGAUUUCUCUGCUGCGCUGGAUCUGCUUUUGAAUCCCUCCACCAUUUAUGAACCCGUUUGGAUUCGCUCUGAUGACGGUCUCUUGAUCUCUGCCGAUCCUGUUGUCCGCCAGCAGCUGCAGGAGAAGUACGGUGAGAAGGAGUUGGCCAAAAGAGUAGUGUUUCUCGAGCUGGAGGGAUGAAGGAGAAGAUCUAGAAAUGUACAUUGAAUAACUAGUAUGACAGUUAUCUCUUCUUUCAAAAUGAAUAGCAGACUUUCUCUGCGGAAUUUUCAUUAAUUUAAAUUGGAGACAUUUGAGGAUAAAAAAAAGUUUUAAAAAUGUAAAGUUUGUAUGUAAAUGACAAUCUAUCCGGCAAUUUUCAUUUAAUUUGGGAACAGAAGCUUUUAAUGCAUUUCAACAUGGGAAUACUUUUCUUAUUCUUAUGCUUUUAAUAUUUUUGUUUGUUUGUCUCAUUAAAUUGCUUGAAAAUG